AUGCCUGCGCGAAGCAUUAAUCCGUUUGCGUCGACUACCCCUACUCCUCCCCUCGAUCCUCACAACGAGAAGCGUGAGCCUGCACGCCGAUCCUCCUUUGCAAAGGGCAACAAGUUCACAUCCCUCUUCGGCGGCAACUCUCCCAAGUCGCGCUCCGAAGCCGCUGUCCUCCGCGAAGCUUUCAUCGCCCAGCAGCAGGCCCUCCUCAACUCGCCCUCGCCCUCGCAGAUUUCCCUCCCCACCAUCAACCUCACCACCGCUACCGGCGAGAAGAUGCCCACGGAAGCAAAGACCCUCUUCCAACCGCCUUCGCCGGAAGAGCAGCGUCGCAUUGCGCGAGCCCACGCUCAAUUUGGUCCCCUCGGAUCACAGAAGCACCGCUACCACAGCAAGUUUGAGGGCGAGUUCGGCGAUCCCAUCGAAGACGAGCCACCAUAUUAUUUCCUUCUCACUACAUACAUCAGCUACUUAAUCCUAAUAGUAUUCGGACAUGUCCGUGACUUCUUCGGUAAACGCUUCAGGAAGCAACACUACAGCCACCUGCAGGAGAAGGACGGAUAUGCGCCCCUCAACAGCGACUUCGACAACUUCUACACAAGACGGUUGAAGAUGCGCAUCAACGACUGCUUUUCACGGCCCACUACCGGUGUCCCAGGACGAUUCAUCACUGUGCUCGACCGCAAGUCUGACGACGGAAACAACACCUUCAAGAUGCUCGGAACCACAACUGAGACGUUGAACAUGAGCUCAUACAACUACCUGGGUUUCGCUCAAUCAGAAGGACCUUGUGCCGAUGCCGCCGAGGCUGCCAUCAGGAAGUACGGAAUCUCAAUGGCUAGCCCUCGAUCUGACAGUGGUACUUCUGAGCUUACCGUUGAGGUUGAAGAUCUUAUUGCCAAGUUUGUCGGCAAGCCCGCUUCAAUGGUCUUUUCCAUGGGUUUCGUUACGAACGCUACUACAUUCCCCACUAUUGUCGGAAAGGGCUGCCUCAUGAUCUCUGAUGAGCUCAACCACUCUUCUAUCCGAUUCGGAGCGCGUCUCUCAGGAGCCAUGGUCACCAUGUUUAAGCACAAUGACAUGCGUGAUCUUGAGCGCAAGCUUCGUGAAGCCAUCUCGCAAGGUCAGCCCCGCACACACCGGCCGUGGAAGAAGAUUCUGGUUGCUGUUGAAGGUCUCUACUCUAUGGAGGGUACCAUGUGCAAUCUCCCCGGCAUCAUCAGCUUGAAGCACAAGUACAAGUUCAAUCUCUUCGUUGACGAGGCUCACUCUGUUGGCGGUGUUGGCCCUCGUGGACGUGGUGUAUGCGACUACUUCGACAUUGAUCCCUCCGAAGUUGAUAUCCUCAUGGGCACGCUCACAAAGUCUUUUGGCGCCAACGGUGGUUACAUUGCCGCUGAGAAGUCUAUUAUCGACAAGCUCCGAAUCAGCAACGCAGCUAUGCUUUUCGCCGAAUCGCCUUCGCCACCAGUCCUCGUCCAGAUUGCCUCUGCUCUCCGUAUCAUUGACGGUUCAAUUGUACCAGGACAAGGUGAAGAGCGUCUGCAGCGCUUGUGCUUCAACUCUCGUUAUCUGCGCUUGGGUCUCAAGCGCCUCGGCUUCAUUGUCUACGGUCACGACGAUUCACCCAUCAUCCCUGUUAUGCUCUACAACCCUGCCAAGAUGCCUGCAUUCUCCCACGAGAUGCUCAAGCGCAAGAUUUCCGUCGUAGUAGUCGGCUACCCCGCCACACCUCUCGUGUCAUCACGAGCCCGCUUCUGCGUUAGCGCUGCGCAUACCAAGGAUGAUCUUGACCGCAUGCUUACGGCUUGCGACCAAGUCGGCGACCUUUUGCAGUUGAAGUUCAGCUCAGGUGUUGCCGGUGGUGCCUACCCCGAGGAGCUUGCCGAGAAGAGCUCAACAGAUGGCAAGGAGAAGAUUCCCAAGCCGCCAAGGUGGAGGCUGGAGGAUGUGCUCGAGAGGACAGUUCAUGACGUACAAUCAACACUACGAUAG